GAGAGAAAGCUUAAGCCCUAAUUUUCAUCAGAGAAGAAGAUGUGGAAGAAAGGGGAGCUAGUUUGGGUAAGCCUUAGCUCUUCAGAUACAUGGAUUCCGGGUCGAAUUCUUGAUCCAUCCGAAUCGUUAGUGUCGUUCUUCGGCUUAAUGGAGCCGCGUUACGUUCCAAAACCUUGUCUUCGAAGCUUCGAUCGCGAUUUUAAAACCUUGAUUUCAGAUUCACGGAAGAUUCGCCGGUUUGUGAAUCGAGCUCUGCGAGCUCACUUUUGGAAUAUCUCGUUUGGGUUAUGGUGUUCUUGCCAGCCACUUAUUGAUUCGCCUUACUUCGAUAGAGAAAAUUCUCUCCCAUGGUUUCCUCUAUCUUCGGAUUCGGCUCUGGGUUUUGUUCGAGACAUGGCGAUUUCGAUUCGAGUGCCUCUCUGGAGAUUAGCUGAGACCAACAGUUCGAGUGCUCAAAUCCUUAGUUUUCGGCGUUACAUUGUUGAUUUUAAGCGUUCCAAAUCUGUCUAUGAGGAAGCUAUAGAAAGUGCAGAGCUAAUGGAUCGCUCUGAAGAAUCAGAUUGGUGUCUUGAAUACUCAAACAAGAUGGACUUGGUUUCUAUGUUUCCUGAGAUUGUGGAUGCAGACGUGGAAAGUAGUAGAGAUUUGAUUCUAAGUGAUCCAUUGCCAAAGGAUGUUCUUUGUUGUCCUUCUCCUUCUUUUGUGCAGCCUGUUGAUAAAGUUGUUCAGAUUUGCACAUGGAAUACGAGAAACCCUCUAACCAACUCUAAUUCUAGCACCAUGAAAGCUUGUGAAACUAUGGCUCGAAUAGCUGUUCAUGAGGAUGAUGGUCACCGGUCUAAGAGUAAUGAUUGCUGUCAAGUUGUGCAGAGUAUCUGCUUACUGAAUUCAGAACCUCCUAUUGAAGAUAUGAUAGAGGAAGACACCACUUCUGUUCCUGCCCCAAGAGUUGAUGUAUCAGAAGCACUUCCUGAUGGUAUGAUUGAAACUCAUGAUGACAUCAUUGGUUUGGUUGAUGGACCUGUGAUAUCGCCAAAGCAACUGUCACCCUUGCUUGAUGGGAGUAACGACAAGGUUUAUUUGGCAAAGCCUGUUUCUUUUGUUGUUCCGGGAGCCUGUCACACUCUAGCUUGUUCAGUGAGAAAGAAAUAUGCUAGCCCAAGAAACAAGCUUGAUAGCUCUAUCAUCAGUAAGAAAUAUGCUAGCCCAAGAAACAAGCUUGAUAGCUCUAUCGUCAGUGCCAAUACCUUGAAUGAGCAGUCGUUAGAUAGGAAUAGUCUUAAUGGAACACGAGAAAAUUGCUCUAACGAUGCGUUGGAGUCGCAUAUUGUAGAGGUGGGACAGGUUUCGCUACAUAGUACAGACACUUCAAACAAAGAAUUAAGUUCUGAUGAUGUAGGCAUAGCACCUGCAGAACAAUUGCGAGAUUUAGAAGCUGGUACAACUGUUGAAAACCAGGCAAGAUCAGUUGAUAAUGUCAGAUCCAUUGGUGUCAAAAGGAAAGCAAGUCGAGACAAACCACGUAACUCCAAGAGAAAAAAGAAAGCAGGCCAACAAUCUAUUUCUACUGAUAAACCGCUGAAUCUACACCUGAUGAAAGAUAUGCGGCUUGCUAAUCCAAAAUCUUUGCGAAUGAAGUUCUUGAGCAGACAUGGGGAUCUCCCAUCCAAAUCAGAACUGUUGAAGAGAUUCUGUGUGUUUGGGAAAGUAGAUGCUUCAAGAACUGAUGUAAACCCAGAAGAUAGCUCUGCAAAAGUAGUAUUCAUGCAGAGCAUAGAUGCAGUGACGGCUUAUCAAUUUGCUAGGAGCAAAAAGUUUAGACUAGGACGGUCUAAGGUUACAUAUCGCCUCGACCCCUUCGAGGAAGACAAUGAAGUAAACAAAGUUCCUUUGUCUCAGAAGCCUCAAAAGUCUGUUCCAUCACCAAAAUCAUGUCUCAAGGAACAUGGUUCGGAAGAUAAAGAGGAGGGAAGAAGGAAUCUGAAGGUGAAAUUUCAAAUGGAGACUAACUCAUGAAUCCGAUGACACCAUCAUCUCAAUAGUUUUGUGCAUAGCUUAUGUCGCUCUCACGGGAAUUCCUUGUAAUGUAGCUACGGUCUGUUCCUAACGAAGAACUUGCACUUUUUUUUGGCCCCGAAGCUUUUGUGUAAUCAUGGCUUGUUUUGUAUUAGAGAUGACAUAGUUUGUACUUGACUAUAUAAAAUAGCUUUAACGGU